AUAGCAUGCAGUGUCUGUUGGUGAAGUAGAUCAACACUAUGUAAAGAAAGAAAAAUACACUUAGUGUCGUCGGUAAAUAUGUCGCCAUUAGACAUCCGAUAUAUUUCCAUUAGACUAUAAUUAGAUUUGUAUGUAGAAAUAUUGUUAAAUAACAUCCCACUCAUUUAUCAGUGGUACAAAUGAGUUGUAAGCAAACCAGACUGCAAUCUGAGGAGCGUUUCAUUAACUUUUAUGUAUAGUAGUCGCAUUGCGAACAGCGAGUUUCAGAGAUGGUUAAUGGUGCUGUACAAAUUAUUAAUGACAGCGGUCUGAAAAACCUCAUGUCAGCAAGGACGUCGAGUCUCUAUAUGUUUGUUAGAGCUGAUUCAUGGAAGGGGCAGGUUAAAGGUGCAGGGGGAAACUCAGCAGUGCAGGUUGGCCUCAUUCUCUCCUCCUCUAAGGUGUGGUUAGGCAGAAAGGAACAAAUAGGGCAGCCAGCCAUCUACAAACUGCAGUCACUUUGAGCUUAGAAACAUACAGGUGACUUGCCUGUUUCCCAGGACAGGUGUUACAGCAGCCAUUUCUUACAUCGUGGCUAGGAGAAACCCUCCUCUGUCAAAGCUGUAACAAAUCCCAGUGGGCACCAUAAACAUCAACGUCAUGACUUCGUCUGAGAAAGUCCUGGAUGGAGGCUGGGGGUGGGCUAUUGUUGCAGCAUCCUUCAUGGCCCAGCUCCUGGCUUAUGGAUCACCCCAGUCCAUGGGUGUCUUGUACCCUGAGUGGCUGCAUGCCUUCCAGGAGGGCAAGGGUUUGACAGCCUGGGUUGGCUCUCUUGUUGCUGGAGUGGGAUUAAUUGCCAGCCCUAUCUGCAGUGCUUGCGUAGACAACUUUGGGGCACGUCCUGUGACUUUCUUCAGUGGUGUAAUGGUGGCAGGUGGCCUGAUGCUGAGUGCCUUUGCUCCAAAUGUCCAAUUCCUCAUCUUUUCCUAUGGGAUUGUUGUUGGUCUGGGUUGUGGUCUUGUCUACGCAGCCACGUUGACAAUCACCUGUCAGUACUUUGACAAGAGACGCGGCCUUGCUCUCGGCAUUGUCACCACAGGAACAAGUGUUGGUGCAUUCAUCUACGCCACCGCUCAGAACGAGCUCAUUGUACUGUUUGGCCUGGAUGGCUGCUUGCUUAUCAUCGGAGCUGUUGCACUAAACCUUAUGGCCUGCGCUGGCUUCAUGAGGCCCCUUAACAUGCCAGGGUACUACCUCAAACAAAAGGCCGCCCUAGAACGCAACACGGAAGAGCAGCUUUUUGUGAAACCACCGCUGGAUGACUUGAAGAUCACAACGGGUUUCACCAUGCCAACCCCAGAGAAAAAUCUCACAGUGAAGGAGUUGCUCAUCACCAUCGAUGCCAAGGACUUGGUCAAUCAAACAGAGAAGAAGAAAGAGGCUCCCCUGGCUGGGUUAGUAAUUAUGAAAAUGAUCAAGAAGAAGCAGAUGGCUUAUUCCAAGUACCUUCACUCCCUGUAUGAGAUCCUGCAGGACCAAGUCAUGGUGGCCUUCUGCAUUGCUGUCUUUCUUUUUAGUCUUGGUGCAUUCCCACCAGUGCUCUUUAUUGAAGAUGUUGCACAGAGUGAGGGACUCAUUGAAGAAAUAAGUGUCUUUCCUCUUGUAUCAAUAGGGGCAGUUGCCACUUGUGUAGGUAAACUAGUGCUGGGUAUCCUGGUGGACAUCAAGUGGAUCAACGGCAUCUACCUAUAUGCCUUCACUAUGUUUGCUGGAGGUUUUAUACUGCUCCUUAUCCCAAUUACCAAGAGUUAUGUAGGACUGCAGAUCCUGUCUGCCAUCCUGGGUUUCUUCUCUGGAAAUUGGUCUCUCACCUCCUACAUUACCACUAAGAUUGUUGGUUUGGACAAGUUGACCCAGGCCCACGGUAUCCUCAUGUUCUUUGGGGGAUUUGGGAUCAUGCUUGGACCCCCUGUUGUAGGGUGGUUCUUUGACUGGACACAGUCAUAUGACUUAGCGUUCUACUUUAGUGGGAGCUGUGUGCUGUUGGGAUCACUCAUCCUGUCUCUGCUCAGCCUUCCCUGCUGGAACAGGAAGCACUGCGAGAAUGACAGACCAGAAGUUGAAUAUACCAGCAGCUGUGACAAAGUUGCCUCAGUAGCCUGAAUAGGAGCACAUUUUAAAAGGACCCAGAUCUCCCACCUGCUGCUUUACAACUGUUCUUCAGCCAGACAUGAACCACCUCUCAGAGGAAACUUAUUUUCUCUGAUCAUACAGGGGUAUUUCCCUUAUUUCUGCUGCCAGGGUUUAGCAUACAAAUCUUUUGAAAAUACAGGCCUUUCCCAUGUUCUUUGCCUGUGUUUCUCAGGUUAAAACCAUCUACUACAGAUCUUUUUAAAGGUUUAACUCUAAUGCCUUUGAUUGCCUUUUUGUUUAUUUGUUUGUUUGUUUUUUGUUUUUGUUUUUUUGUUUUUUUGUUACUGCCUCAUUUUAUGAGGUUACCUGAACAAUGUUGGGAAAAAUUACAGUGAUUCUACAGUGUUUGUUUGUUUGUUUUUACAGAUUCUACAGUGUUUUUGAAAACACGGUUUGCUCCACUGUAGCUCUAAAAACAUGAAAAGGUGCCAUUAUUUAGAUUCAGAAAAAAAGGAAAAUGUUUGAAAUUGAUGUAACAUAGUGGCAUCUAAAAAGAACUGCACAUAUGAUCACCAGUUUUCCUGCAACAGAGAAUUGAUGCAUUUAAAUAAAGGAGAGAGCCUUUAUUUUUUGCUAAUUAGAGGUAUUACUUUUUUUUGUAAUAUGGUUGUAAUACAUAUCCUAAAUAUGCCACUUUAUAUGUUACCAAAGCAUCUGUGAUAAUCAAUGCCUGUCAACACAUAAUGCCUGUUGGAACAAUACAAAAACCUUGCUUUCUUAACCAUUUUUAUUAUUACAUUCAUCAAAUCAGUUUGUACUGUUUUACAAUGGAAUGUGUUUCACACAGCUUCAAUUUCUGUAUCUGUCAGAUGUAAGUUAGGGUAAUUCAAAAACAUGUAAAACCAACAAAGUGAUUUCACUGUAUUUACAACACAGCAUGUUGGUCCUCUUGUGGUAUGAUUAUCCAGACCUCACUGGCGUUUAGUUUGACCAGCCUUGUACUUAUCCACCAGACUGUGUGUAUCUGUGUCUGUUUUUACAGUAUGUGUAUGUUUCUGCACACGCAUGUUCACAUAUGUGCACAGGUUUAUGCGUGUGAAUUGUUUGAUAGAAUUUUGUAUUAGCCCUAGAUUAUGAAGCCCUAUGUGCUAGUGACCUUUAUAUGCACAAAACCAGCCAUAGAGUUGUUAAAAUAGUCUUUGUUAGAUUUUUGUGGCUUUUAGAAUCUUUUGAAUGUUGCUAAACAAACCACUAUAGAUGUCCUUGAUGGUUCCAGUUUCAGGUGUGAGAGUAAACUGGGAUCUUAGUACUUGUUUUUUUUAUAUACAAAGAGGGUAUUUACAAGGUUCAGCUAAGUACCGUUUGUAGAAAUGAGACAGUAUGUUGUAACUAUUCCUUUUUUAUUUUCUGUAUUGUAUUUAUGCCCGCUUUUCUGUUUCAUUGUUUUAUUUAAAAGGUGCCAAUAAAGAUUUUUGGAUAAA